CUUCAGCUUAUUUCAGCGAGUUCAAGACGCAAGGCUGAUUCGGAAUCACAUUGUGCAAAGGCCGAGGGAGAGCGGAGCUCCCUAAUGACGCUGACCAGCGGUCUUGUGUUCAAAAGGUACUUACCUAGGUAUUGGAAAAUUGUGGCUGAAGCUCUGGUGCACUAGCCACGUUCAAUGGAUAGUACCUAGGUAGCUUCGGGCAGGGGUCCUCUCCUCUGAUUCGUCACUCUCUCCCAAUCUGGAUUGUAGCUUUCGUGUCCCAUUCAUCUGUCCAUCUUACCAGGUAUUUGAUUGUGCAGGUUGAGCAGACAGCACCUCACCGUAGGAUCAAUUCAACAUUCUGCUAACCCCAAGUGACUGUUCCCACCACUCCUGACGAGAUAUUCAUUUGCGACCGGAAAUCGACUCUUUGAACAAUCCGUCACGGUCGCAAUGGCUCCCAAGAAGCCCACGACAGCCACAGGCGCAUCCGCCAGCCAGAUCGACAAGAUUGCUGGCAACAUCUUCCAGCACUAUCAGAAGACAACGCCGCAGCGCACAAUGCUGAUCGAUGCCUUCAUGGCUUUCCUCGUCAUCGUCGGCGGUCUCCAAUUCGUCUACUGUAUCUUGGCAGGAAACUAUCCCUUCAACGCUUUCCUCUCGGGCUUCUCUGCUACCGUCGGACAGUUCGUUCUCACAGCGUCCUUGCGCAUGCAAACUACCGAAGCCAAUAAGUCCGAAUUUCCAUCAGUAUCACCAGAGAGGGCAUUUGCAGAUUAUGUCGUCGGCAGCUUGAUCUUGCAUUUCUUCUGUAUCAACUUCAUAAACUGAGCAGCAACAAUAACAACACAAAUCACAAUACAAAUACGGCGCAAAAGGAUGGGUAUAUGCAUUGCUUGUUUCGACAUAUAUAUAGCUAAGCAAGCGAUGACUUUUCCAAAAAUUGAGACUA